CCUUCCUCCAUGGUCACACCUCUCUUGUUUAUUUGAAAUGGAAAAUCGCUAAAAAUUGCCUAAUCAUCAAUGACAUAUGUCACUUUUCUGUCAACGUCAACUUGGUAACACAUAACCUCUAAAAAGUUGUUCCAUUACAAAGCGUUUUUUGUUGUGAAAAUUGAUAUUACAGGUUUUUGAAAAUGGAGUGCUUACUAGGUAUUAAAUUUAACGAUUUUGUACUAAUUGCUGCCGAUAUGACGGCGGCACAAAGCGUUAUCGUUAUGAAAACAGAUGAAAAUAAGCUGUUUAAACUUUCUAACAAACUCGUAAUGGCUGUAUCAGGAGAAUCCGGCGAUACUACACAAUUUGCAGAGUAUAUAGCUAAAAAUAUUCAAUUAUAUAAAAUGAGAAAUACAUAUGAAUUAAGUCCUGCAGAAGCAGCUGCUUUUACUCGUAGGAAUCUAGCUGAUACACUCCGAAGCAGGAGUCCUUACCAUGUAAAUUUACUUUUGGCUGGAUAUGAUGCAAAGGAUGGGCCACAAUUAUAUUACAUGGACUACUUGGCUUCUAUAGCCAAAGUGGAUUAUGCUGCUCACGGCUAUGGAGGCUUCUUCUCACUAUCCAUAAUGGAUCGCAACUAUUUGAAAAACCUCUCCAAACAACAAGGUUAUGAAUUAUUGAAAAAAUGUGUUAAAGAGGUUCAGAAGAGACUGAUCAUCAAUUUACCUAACUUUAAGGUGCAAUGUAUUGAUAAAGAUGGCAUACAGGAUAUGCCUAACAUUACCCCAAAAGAUUUGGAAUAAUUUUAGUUUAAUAAUCGAUUGCUGUUUAUUGUAUGCUCUUUUUUAAUUUAAAUUAAUAAACUGUACUUUUGGUAAAUAAUGUUUUUGUACCUUUCAAUAUUAACAAAUGCUUUAUCACCAUUGCAUGCUAAGGUGCCAUCAGAGAAUUAACACUACAGGCCAAACAUUUUAUUUUACAUGAUUUCUACAUAUUUUAUAUCUAAAAUAAAC